UGUUAAAAAGGCCUUUGGGGCUUCCUCUCAACUUUCAAUAAAGCCGCUCAUCGUCCUAGAGAUAUCUUCCUUCUCCUCUGUUCUCUCGUUCUCACUAACCUCUGCUUCUCCAUCUGCUGGGUCCCUGUAAGUCUCUCUGUAGGGCCAUCAAACCCAGCUGGCUUCGCCAUUAUUAUACCUUCACCAAGCAGCAAACCCCAUAUCUCAAACCCAUCAAACCCCACUUUCUCUCUCUACUCUUUUUCUCCACUUCACUCUCUCUCUCUGCUCUUCUCAGCUAUUUCAAGGACUACCCAGAUGGCUGAUACGUUAGACGACCUUGCGUUUUGGCUCCCCACCCAGAUUCUCAACGACGAAGACCCACCCGCCAUGGAGCUCAACUCCAACGCCAAGAAAAGUGGGGGGUUCGGAUUACGGUUCGACGCUGAUGCUCUGAAGGCUCUGUUGCCGUUUGAGUUUCCUUACGGUGGCACUUUUGGGGUUUCGUCGGAUUUCAGUUCGCCGGUUGAGUCGAGCGAGACUGAGAGCGAUGAGGAAGACCACCUCGCCGGGCUGACCCGCCAAAUGGCUUACUCUACUCUCGACGACGAGUUCAACUUCAAGCACUCCAACUCUGCUUUCGCCUCCGAGAAGCCAAAGGGUUGGGUCGCUUCUGGUUCUCCCCAAUCGACUCUCUACGCAGUCAGCAGUGGUUGCGGUUGCGGACAGGGCUCGAGCCGCGGAAGCCCAAACUCCCAGUCGCCGCCGGCCACCUGGGAUCUGCUGCAUGCAGCUGCAGGGGAAGUUGCCAAGAUGAGCAUGAACCAAAGCAGAGGCCUCCUGGAUCCUCCACGAAAGCCUUCCCCCGUCUCGGUCCCAACUAACAACCCAGAUGCUGCUUAUUGCUUCCACCAGCAGUCGCUUUCUCACAAGCACUUGCGAGCCGCUCAGUUUAAGCUGUUGAGGCAGCAACAGAUGAUGAAGGAGCAGAGCGCGGCGGUCUGGGGAGCACAAACUCGAUAUCCUCCGCCGCAGACUCAGCUGCAGGCCCACCCAAACCUCCCAACCAGAGCGAGAAACAACACUCCCAACAUUCUCAACGCUCGGCCUGUGGGUUUGUCGCCAUCUGCAUGGCCGCCUCUGCAACAAGCUAAGCAGCAACAAGAGUACAACAAAAAGGGGUCCGGACUGAGAGCGGUUUAUCUCGGAAGCCAAUACCCAUCUGCCAAAAUUGAGCGUUCCGGCACCGGCGUCUUCUUACCCCGCCAAGUUGGCACCGAAUCCGAAACCCGCAAGAAGCCAGUUUGCUCCACAGUUCUACUUCCAGCUCGAGUCGUGCAGGCUCUGAACCUGAACAUUGAUGACAUGCAACAUCCCCAGCUCCAGCGUCGUUUUAAUGGCAAACUGAACUCUGAUUACGAGGUUGCUCUUCAGCUUCGGAGCAACGCUGCCGCCAGAACCGCCAUUUCGCACCAGAACCGCAACAUUCGGCCGCAGGCGGCAGUAGGCAGCGAGAUUAGGCUCCCUCAGGAGUGGACUUAUUAGGGCUUUGCUUGGAUUUUGGGAAUUUUAGGGAGGCAAGGAAAUGCAAGCUUGCUAAUAGGGUUUUUAAGGGGUUUUAUUUUACAGUAGUAGGAGGUUUUAGUACAGAAGAUAAUAGUAGCUUUUGAGAAGGACAGGACAGCAAAACCGGUUGGACAAGACGAAGAAGAAGAAAAUGUUUUUUGGAUUAGGGUUAGGGUGAAAAAUAAAAUGUCUACUUUGAUUGAAAAGUGGAUAUGGUACAAGCUGUUUUAGGGUUUAGCAGAAUCAGCUUUUGUCAAGGAACAAGGCCAGUGGUGGACUGGACUGUUAUCCCUCUUUUGUUUUAGUCCUUUGGGAUAAUGUUGUGUUUGGGAUCUCAGAAAAAAUUGUCAGUGAAGUCUGAAUUGUUAAAAAGGGUUAAGACCUAGUUUUGGAUUCCAAUCUUAAUCCAGUCCACCCACCAUGGCCAUGCAAGUGCAGUUAGUAUUUAUAAUAAUAAAAUGGAUGUAUUUAUAUGCAA